AUGUUUAGAGGAGAAAAAUUGUACAAGUUGUAUUUAAAAAAAAGCAGAAAUUUCCAAUGUUUCUGGUGCGAAAACCGAUGUUCAUCAGGAGUUGAUCGCAAUCGUCGAGACUGGCACCAGAAAGAUUGUGAGAAAUUUAAGAUUGAUAAUGAGGAUAUGUGCACACCUGGAGUGACAACUAUUACUCCUCCUGUUGUUCAUAAUUCUAGCGUUGAAUCAUCUGUGAAAUCUGAAUUUUGUAAUUGA